AACACAACUCUGAAAACACAGAACUCUCUCUCACUCUCUCUCACUCUCUCUCCCCUUCCGUGUCUCUGCUGGCUCCUUUCGGAUCUUGAAAAUGCAGAGCACAGCCUUCACUCCUUCUUCUUCCUCAUCUCUUUCCCCCCUCAAACCACGACGCCUAGUUGCUAACCCUAUUUAUUCACUCCCUUCCAGAUUCGAUCCGAUUCGCGCUUUCUCUUCUUCUUCUUCGAAGCGACACGACCCCGACUCCAACAAUGUCGUUUUCCCUCGCCGAUCAUGGUCCUUGUCUUCAGCUUCCAACUCCUCUCUUUCGCGGCCGUGGAAUCCCUUGGUCUCUGAGCGUAAAAUGGAGCGUUUUGAGGUGAAAGCAACGGCGGUUCCAGAGAGUGCUGGUGAGGGAAAAGAGAAGAGUAGUUUGACCAAGACUUUAGAGCUUGGUUUAUUGUUUGGCCUUUGGUAUCUUUUCAAUAUCUACUUCAAUAUUUAUAACAAGCAGGUUUUGAGGGUAUUCCCGAACCCAGUAACUAUCACUGCAGCUCAGUUUACUGUUGGGACGGUAUUGGUAGCUUGUAUGUGGACUUUCAAUCUGUAUAAAAAGCCGAAAGUUAGUGGCGCGCAGCUUGCUGCAAUUCUGCCAUUGGCGGUGGUUCACACGCUAGGGAACCUUUUCACUAAUAUGAGUCUUGGGAAGGUUGCUGUUUCAUUCACGCACACUAUCAAGGCUAUGGAGCCAUUCUUCUCGGUUGUCCUCUCUGCUAUGUUUCUCGGGGAGAUGCCUACACUUUGGGUGGUUGGUUCCAUUAUACCAAUUGUUGGUGGAGUGGCACUUGCCUCAGUCACUGAGGCCUCUUUCAAUUGGGCUGGUUUUUGGAGUGCAAUGGCUUCUAAUUUGACAAACCAAUCUCGUAAUGUCCUAAGUAAAAAGGUCAUGCUUAAGAAAGAGGAAUCUAUGGACAACAUUACUCUUUUCUCCAUCAUAACAAUCAUGUCAUUUAUCUUAUUAGCCCCUGUGACUAUCUUCAUGGAAGGUGUCAAGUUUACUCCAGCUUACCUCCAAUCUGUUGGAUUGAAUGUUAAAGAGGUAUACACUAGGGCUUUUCUUGCUGCGCUUUGCUUCCAUGCCUAUCAACAGGUUUCCUAUAUGAUUUUGCAAAGGGUAUCCCCUGUUACACACUCUGUUGGUAAUUGCGUGAAGCGGGUGGUUGUCAUUGUGAGCUCUGUCCUCUUCUUCAAGACACCUGUGUCACCUAUCAACUCACUUGGUACCGGGAUUGCCCUUGCCGGAGUUUUUCUGUAUUCAAGAGUGAAGAGCAUUAAGCCAAAGCCAAAGACAGCUUGAAGUUCCGAGGAGAUUUUGCUGUUAAACAUGGGUCAUUAGAUGACAAUAUCAUGCUAUUGCAUUCAAGAACAUGUUUUUGUAGAUCAGGCCAGGAACUUGUUUAGGUUUUUUUAUCGGGUUGAUUUAUUCUCUUGCAGACACCCAGUCCAAAUUUUGCCUGGUGCAAGCAAGUUUGUUGAUCAGAAAUUCUAGUGUCUUGCUUCGUUAUUUUGUUGUCAUUCAAAUAACAACAGAGUUUUCGCCA